CAAUCACAGGGGUGGGUCUGGCAUGCGGAGUGCAAUUGGUCAACAGGAAUCCAAAUCAUGUGACUUGAUUCAAGUUUACUUAGAAAACAGAGAUUUAGCUUCAGAGUUAAUUCAAACGAAGCUCAGAGAGUCCAUGAGCACAAGUGGGAGAGAGAGAGAGGAUCAGAAAGCCAGCACGUUUCUUUCCAUUUUCAAACGUUUCCUGCUACAAAGCCUUUCAGCUCACCAACAGAGAUGGGGAGAGGGAGUGGACGGGAGGUCAAGGCUCCAGACACCUCAGAGAAUGCGGGGAAAAAGAAGAAAGUGAGGAAAAACAUGGAUGAGUUAAAGAAAGAAGUCACUAUGGAAGAUCACAAGAUAUCACUGGAUCAACUGAGUCGAAAGUACGGGACUGAUCUAACCCGGGGUUUAACCAACACACGAGCCAGUGAGAUCCUGGCUGAAGAAGGACCUAAUGCCCUGACCCCACCGCCCAUCACACCUGAAUGGGUCAAGUUCUGUCGCCAACUCUUUGGUGGCUUUUCCAUCCUCCUGUGGAUUGGGGCGAUCCUCUGUUUCCUGGCCUAUGGAAUCCAGGUGGCCCUCGAUGAUGAACCAUCCAAUGACAAUCUCUAUCUCGGGAUUGUCCUUGCAGGCGUUGUGAUUAUCACAGGAUGUUUCUCCUACUACCAAGAAGCAAAGAGCUCCCGCAUCAUGGAUUCCUUUAAGAACAUGGUUCCCCAGCAAGCACUGGUGAUCCGUGAAGGGGAAAAGAUGGAGAUUAAUGCGGAGGCGGUUGUCACAGGGGAUCUGGUGGAGGUGAAGGGUGGAGACCGCAUUCCUGCAGACUUGCGUAUUAUUUCCUCAAACAGCUGCAAGGUGGACAACUCAUCCCUGACCGGUGAAUCUGAGCCCCAGACACGUUCUCCUGAGUUCACCCAUGAGAACCCACUGGAGACAAAAAACAUUGCUUUCUUUUCCACCAACUGUGUAGAGGGUACAGCACGAGGUGUGGUGAUUUUCACUGGUGACCGGACGGUGAUGGGACGCAUCGCAACUCUGGCCUCUGGGCUGGAGGUCGGACGCACCCCAAUCUCCAUGGAGAUCGAACACUUCAUUCACAUCAUCACCGGCGUGGCCGUCUUCCUCGGUGUCUCUUUUUUUGUCCUCUCGCUGAUCCUAGGCUACACCUGGCUGGAGGCUGUUAUUUUCCUGAUUGGAAUCAUUGUGGCCAAUGUCCCCGAGGGAUUAUUAGCAACAGUUACUGUGUGUUUGACUUUGACUGCCAAGCGGAUGGCGAGGAAAAAUUGUCUGGUGAAGAAUCUGGAAGCUGUAGAGACGUUGGGCUCCACAUCCACCAUAUGUUCAGAUAAAACUGGGACUCUGACACAGAACCGAAUGACUGUAGCUCAUAUGUGGUUUGACAAUGAAAUCCAUGAGGCUGACACCACUGAAGAUCAAUCAGGCGCUGCCUUUGAUAAGACCUCCCCUACUUGGGCUGCUCUGGCCCAUAUUGCUGCUCUCUGUAACCGAGCUGUGUUUAAAGCUGGACAAGAGAACAUCUCAAUCUCUAAGAGAGAAACAGCUGGAGAUGCCUCUGAAUCCGCACUUCUGAAAUGUAUUGAGCUCUCGAGUGGCUCCGUGAAGCACAUCAGGGAGAAGAAUCCCAAACUGAACGAGAUCCCCUUCAAUUCCACCAAUAAAUAUCAGCUCUCUAUCCACACUCAGGAGGAUUUAUCUGAUCAGCGUCACCUCCUGGUUAUGAAAGGAGCUCCGGAGCGGAUCCUGGAUCGUUGCUCCCGCAUUUUGAUUCAUGGAAAAGAGGAACCAUUAGAGGAAGACAUGAAGGAGGCUUUUCAGAACGCGUAUCUGGAGCUCGGAGGCCUUGGAGAGAGAGUACUUGGAUUUUGUCACCAGUAUCUCUCCGAGACUGACUAUCCACGUGGUUAUAAGUUUGACACGGACACUGUGAACUUUCCCACCAGCGAACUUUGCUUUGUGGGGCUGAUGUCCAUGAUUGACCCACCUCGUGCAGCCGUCCCGGAUGCUGUGGGCAAAUGUCGGAGCGCUGGCAUCAAGGUGAUUAUGGUGACGGGAGACCAUCCAAUUACAGCUAAAGCCAUUGCCAAGGGUGUGGGCAUCAUUUCAGAAGGAAAUGAGACAAUCGAAGACCUGGCGCAACGCUUGAACAUCCCCAUAGAACACGUCAACCCGAGGGACGCCAAAGCCUGUGUUAUUCACGGGGCUGAGCUGAAGGACAUGAGCAGAGAACACCUGGACGAGAUCCUUGGCAACCACACCGAGAUUGUGUUCGCUCGCACCUCACCCCAGCAAAAGCUCAUCAUUGUGGAAGGCUGUCAACGGCAGGGAGCCAUUGUGGCUGUGACUGGGGAUGGAGUGAAUGACUCCCCGGCUCUGAAAAAGGCUGACAUCGGGGUUGCUAUGGGAAUCUCUGGCUCUGAUGUCUCCAAACAGGCCGCGGAUAUGAUUCUUCUGGAUGAUAAUUUUGCUUCGAUUGUUACCGGCGUGGAAGAAGGCCGGUUAAUCUUUGACAACUUGAAGAAAUCCAUAGCUUACACCUUGACCAGUAACAUCCCAGAGAUUACUCCCUUCCUGCUCUUCAUUAUUGCAAAUAUCCCACUGCCACUGGGCACCGUGACCAUCCUCUGCAUUGACCUGGGAACUGAUAUGGUCCCCGCGAUCUCGUUGGCUUAUGAAGCACCAGAGAGUGACAUCAUGAAACGACAGCCCAGAAACCCAAGGACAGACAAACUAGUGAACGAGAAAUUGAUCAGCAUUUCCUAUGGACAGAUAGGUAUGAUCCAGGCACUGGGUGGAUUCUUCACUUACUUUGUGAUACUCGCUGAGAAUGGAUUCCUUCCCUCCCGACUGAUCAACAUUCGUCUGGACUGGGACGAUCGCUCCACCAACGAUCUUGUGGACAGUUACGGACAGGAGUGGACAUAUGAGCAACGAAAGAUCGUAGAGUUUACGUGUCACACAGUUUUUGUGAGUAUUGUGGUGGUGCAGUGGGCAGAUCUCUUGAUCUGUAAGACAAGACGCAACUCCAUCUUCCAACAAGGAAUGAAGAAUAAAAUUAUGAUUUUUGGACUUUUUGAGGAGACGGCUCUGGCUGCUUUUCUUUCUUACUGUCCUGGAAUGGAUAUUGCCCUCCGGAUGUACCCCCUGAAACUGUCCUGGUGGUUCUGUGCUAUUCCGUACAGCCUCCUGAUCUUUGUUUACGAUGAGAUUCGUAAGUUCAUCCUCAGGCACAACCCAGGAGGAUGGAUUGAACGUGAGACUUAUUACUGAGAAGUUUUACCGUCGCAGCGAUGUACAGGACAGAACACUGGUGUGCCAUCAGCUCCAUGAUUGUCGCUUGUUAAAUGACACCAUUAUUUUUAAAGACUUAACAACUGAUUUCAGAAUAUUUUCAUCAAUGGUUCACUGCAGUUCGAUUAAUAUCAAUUAAAAAUCCAGCAAUGCAA